ACAUCUGAUGCGCGCUCUAUUAAAAAACAAAACAGUUUUAUGGGACCAGUGCGUGGCAAACAUAUGGAUUGGGUUAUUGAAUUCUGACUCCCAUAAAGGUGAAAUCAUGUCGUCCAGUGUUUGUACAAGGAAUGCCAUACCUGAUGCAUUGAGGUAUCAUCUAAGUCAACUUUACUCUGCCAAGUUCAUGGUGUCAAGCUAUCAGUUAUUGCCUUUUCUAAGUGUAAUGAAUGAGAUCAAGAAUGAGUAUGCUGAGAACCCUGAUGUAUUCAGACAUCUAAUUGGACUGUUAUAUCAAAUAGACACUGAUACUCCAGAAGGCAUGUUGAAAUAUCCCGUGAUUAAAAAGAGGAUUAGAUACUUAUUGAAAGAACAGACCAUCCUUGCAGAUAACCUUAUGUACAUCAUAUACCAGACAUUUGACUUAAAAACUGGUGUCUUUGCCUUCAAACCUCUCAAUAAUGGACUCGAUCAAAAUCAAAGGAAAAGGAAUCUUGAAGAAACAUUGGAGACGUCCAAAAGGUCAAAACAGCAGAAAAGACAAGUGUCCUUCUACAAUUAUUGUAAACCUGCUGUCAGUGCCUACAUGGCUGCUUAUGGAGUGCCAUCCAAGUUCACAGAGAGUAUGAAAACACAAUCACCUAAAGAACCAGAGAACCAGCAUUCUGAUUCCAACUUAGCUUCACUUUUACAAAGUGAAUCAAAACACUUAUUGAAAAAACCUGAAUUUUCUAAAUCCAGACAGCUAUAUGACAAGAUACCUUCUUCUCCACACAUGUCAGCUGAGCACACAUCAUCUGAAACUAGUUGCAGUGGUUCCUUAGACUCUGUGAGUGUGACAAUGAAUACCCGGAGAUUAAAAGAGAAACAGAAGGAACUCUUGCAAAAGCUCAACACUUUACAACAGAAGGCCUUCACAAGUGAUAAUGUAAGUGAGCUGGAAUACAUGGCUGUAGAUGAUGAAGGAAAAAAUCUGACGAGUGACAGUGAGGACAACCAGGAUAAUGAAGAAUGCAGAAAAAGGACACCUAAUGUGUCAAGAAGUGAUCAUGAAGAUGAGCCUAGUUCUGGAGACGAUAGCUACACGACAUCAUCAAUGGAACCAUGUGUAAUGCUGGAAAAACUCAAUUUGGAUAUGGGUGAAGCAACGAGGGCAUUGUCUAAUGGAAGUCGCACUGCAUUGUGUGAUGGAAAACCAGUGUCUUCGCAAUUCAAAAUGAACUCGGCUUUCCCAUACUCUCAGAGGGUCAUUAUCAGCAACGGAGAGAUUGAAAAUUCAGACAUUCCACAGUCAGAUGAUGAAUCUUCAUCAAAUGAUGCUAAGAGUAGUGACAACAGUUACAGUAUGUAUGGUGUGAUGGAGGCAGCUCCAUUAGCAUGUCUUCGUAGAGUGCCUACCAUAUUCAAUUAUUCAUCUACUAAUGAUAGCAUAGUACAGUCGGUGGAGAAAACAAAUAGCUCAGAGGAAUCACUGUACUUAACCAACACUUUGUCAGACAGUGAAUAUAAUAAUCUUAUCGUCCAAGGCGGGGGCACAUCUGAUCACUCUAUUGAUGAAUCAUUAAUCAGUGAAUCUGAUACAAGAAUUGACACCAUACUGUCAAAACAACCACCGCUAGAGUCAUACUUUGAAAAGUUAAUCCGUAAUGCUUUGCCUCCAACACCAGUUCUGGAAGAACCCAUCAGACCACCAUGUAAACCAAAGUCUGCAGUAAGGAGAGGUAGACCACGAAGAAAUCCUAAAACAAAAUAA